AUGUCGGACAUCUCCGCCGACUCCAACAACGACACGCUGACCCCGCAGCAGCAGCAGCCCGCCGCCGCGGCCGGCUACAACUUCCCGGCGCUGGUCUUCGGGGUGCUGCUGAUCGUGCUCAUCGCCGGUGGGAACGUGCUCGUGUGCCUCAGCGUGUACCUGGAGAAGGCUCUGAAGACCACCACCAACUACUUCAUCGUCAGCCUGGCCUUCGCCGACCUGCUGCUGGCGGUGCUGGUGCUGCCGCUGUUUGUUUACGCAGAGUUUCAGGGGGGAGUUUGGUCCUUGAACAUGCUGGUGUGUGACGGCCUGAUGACCAUGGAUGUGAUGCUGUGCACCGCAUCCAUAUUCAACCUCUGUGCCAUCAGCGUGGACAGGUUCAUUGCGGUGUCCAUCCCACUGAACUACAACCGUAAACACGUGGACCACCGUCAGAUCGUCCUGUUGUCGGCCACCUGGCUGCUGGCCCUCGCCGUGGCCUCGCCCGUCAUCUUCGGCAUCAACAACGUGCCGGACCGCGACCCCAGCGAGUGCAAGCUGGAGGACAACAACUACGUGGUUUACUCCUCGGUCUGCUCCUUCUUCAUCCCCUGCCCCAUCAUGGUCCUGCUCUACUUUGGGGUUUUCCGCGGGCUGCGGCAUUGGGAGGAGACGCGCAAGGUCAAGCUGCGCAGCAGCAUCGACGCCUGCAGGAAGCUGCAGCACGCCGCCGUCGCCACCGCCCUGCCGCCGCUGGCGGGCACCAUCCCCGGGCCGCUGCCCAUGCCCCUUCCCCGGAUCAUCGAGAGGGACCUGGCCCAGUCUCGGCUGGACGACACGGGCGACUACAUGCAGCGGGAGAUUCCCUACCCCCGACAGUACCGAGAGAACUCGGUGCCCACGGUGACGUUCAGCCAGCUGCACAGGAAGAAGAGAGCCAAGAUCAACAGCCGGGAGAGGAAAGCCAUGCAGGUGCUGCCGGUAGUCGUAGGCUGCUUCCUGUUCUGCUGGACUCCGUUCUUCGUGGUGCACACGACGAGGGCCGUCUGCGUGACCUGCGACAUCCCGCCCGGUCUGAUGAGCACCGUCACCUGGCUGGGCUACGUCAACAGCGCCCUCAACCCCAUCAUCUACACCAUCUUCAACACCGAGUUCAAGAAGUUCUUCAAGAAAUGUUUCCGCAGCUGCGGCGGACCUCCUGCCCGCGCCCGGUUUGAGGAGAUCAAAUGA